AUGUUACGAAGUUUCAUUCAGGUUCCACUCAAGAAACACGAUGCAAAAAUGGUGCAACUUCCUUUACCUCGUCUCAACCAGGAUAUUCCGCGCGACAAACAAGGUCGACCUCUUAUCUUGUCCCCAGCUCAUUGUCAACAGGUAUUUGUGAAAAGUUACGCCAAUCAGUACGGAGUGACAGAUGUGCUCGCGUGGGUACAACGAAACUGCACAUUUGCCAAGAUGUUCCUUCCAUCAGCUACAUGUGAAGAUAUAAAUACACUUGUAGCCUCGUGCUAUAAGCUGAAGUAUCUAUAA